AUGGCAGACUUCUUUGGCUCGAGCGUUCCCUUUGCCGAGCCGCUCUGGUAUUCGCGGGUAGGCAAUCCCAACUAUACCGAGUCACACAGGCGGCUUCGUGAUGAGAUUCGACGCUAUGUUGAUACGGAGAUUGAGCCCUUCUGUUCUGAAUGGGAAGCCAAUGGAGCAGUCCCGCGAAAGGUGCUCGAUCGCCACUCGGCUCUGGGUUAUACAGCCCUUCUGAUUAAUCCCUCCGAGACGCGUGAGUAUUUGGGAGAAAUCAAGCUGCCAGGUCAAGUCCCUCCGGAGGAAUGGGACAGCUUUCAUGACCUCAUAGCCAUCGAUGAGAUGGCCCGUUGUGGCUCUCUCGGUGUGUUAUGGGCACUUGGCUGCGGCAACGCCAUCGGAUGCCCUCCCAUCAUUCAUUUUGGCUCUGCAGAACAAAAGACUAGAUGGCUAUCUCCUGUUAUACGGGGUGAUAUCAGGUUCUCUCUCGGAAUUACAGAGCCUCAAGCUGGAUCGGAUGUUGCCAACGUUUCAACCACCGCUGAGAGGCGCGGCGAUGUGUUUGUUGUAAACGGUACUAAACAGUGGGUAACGAAUGGUCUUACUGCCGACUUUUGUACGGCUGCCGUUCGGACAGGUGGCAGUGGUAAAAGUGGUAUCUCCGUGCUGGUAAUUCCUCUUAAUGCGGAAGGAGUCACUCGGACGCCAAUUCGAAACUCUGGCGUUGCUUCGAGCGGAUGCGCGUCACUCGCGUUUAACAACGUCGAAGUCCCGGCUGCGAACCUGAUCGGCGCAGAGAAUGAAGGCUUCAAACUAAUCAUGCUCAGUUUUAACCAUGAGCGCCUCUGGAUCGCGGGUAAUUGCUUGCGUCUAGCUCGCAUCUGUCUUCAAGACUCAUACCAGCACGCUCUCACGAGACAAACUUUUGGAAGGCCGCUGAUAGACCGGCAAGUGAUUCGGCUCAAGUUUGCAAAUGUAGGCAUGCAGAUCAUGGCCGCAUAUGCCCUGCUCGAGUCCCUCGUACAGGUCCGAGACAGCACCUUCAAGAGAGCUGCGCACUCGGAUGAGGCUGGGACGGGCAUUGGUGGGCUUUGCGCACUAGCCAAGGUCAAUGCUGCGAGGGCUACCGAGUUGGCGGUACGAGAGGCCCAGCAGAUCAUGGGGGCGGUAGGCUACACCCAAGACGGCGGUCCCGGUGCUCGCGUUGAGAGGAUCAGUAGGGAUGUGCGAGUGCUUGUGAUCGGUGGUGGUAGUGAGGAGAUUCUCAACACAAUGAGAAACUUCAAUUCAAAUCUUCCAGCACCCAUCAAAUCGCACAUGAUGCCUCCCAUCUUCCUAAACCAGACAUUAUUGUGCUGUCACAUACCAUACGUAGUCUUUGAUGCAUAUAAUGGCAUUACGUGCCGGGAGAUUCAACGCUUACACGAAGAAUAUGGCCCCGUGGUGGCUGUUGGCCCACGAACAGUCAUGUUCUCAGAUCCCGCCAUGAUCGAUACUGUGUAUGCAACUCGCUCGCCGUACCCGAAGAGUUACCACUGGCAGCCUUUGCGGACUGAGCUAAAGGGAGUUCACUAUCCCAGUCUCAUCGCCAGUGAGGACACUCAAACCCAUUCGUCUCUCAAGAGACCAAUUGCUGGGGUUUAUGCCAUGUCGAAUGUCACCAAGUCAGAAGCCUUCAUCAACGAAUGUGUGCGCCAGCUUGUCAAGAAACUUGACCAGGACUUCAGGGUUACAGAGCAGACCGUACCUAUUUUUCAGUGGAUGCACUUUUUUGCAUAUGAUACAAUCAUGAAAUUGACUGUCUCUGCGGAUUUCGGCCUUAUGAGCGGUAAGGCUGAUCAAGCCGCCAUGUUCAAGGGUGUUGAUGCGGCUCAGACAUAUAGAGCCAUGGCCGCGGCUAUGCCUUGGGUUCACAAUUUGCUCAAAGAAACCCCUGUGACGAGCGUGUUUCAGAAGCGAAUGGGGUCAUUCCCGGCUCGAGCUCGUGAACUCAUCCAGGCGAGAAAAGACAAAGGUGCUGUCAAAGGCAACGACCGAGAAGACUUGCUUUCUCAAAUCAUGGAUACUAAAGAAAAACACCCACAAGUUGUCAACGAUCUGGUUAUGCAUGGAUAUGCUACGACGCCUCUCUUGGCUGGGGCCGACACCGUGACAAUCGGCUUGACAUCGAUUGUCUAUUUCGUGGGAAAGCACCCAAGAGUUGCCGCUAAGCUGCAGGAGGAGCUGGAUUCUAGCGGACUUACCAUGCCACCAUCGUGGGCUGACGUCCAAAGUCUGACGUAUCUCGACGCAGUCAUCCGGGAAUCGUUCCGCUGCCAUCCCAUUGGCGCCAUGUUGUCACGACGGGGUGUCCCACAAGGUCCUGGCCUCACUCUUGAGAAUGGCCAUGCUCUGCCACCGGGAACAGCCGUAGCUGUUUCGGGUUGGGCCACACAUUUCAACCAAGACGUUUAUGGCAGCGAUGCGGCGGACUUUAGGCCGGAACGCUGGUUGAAAGGUGCUAGUGAGAGUCAGGACGACUUCACCGAACGCAUACGCAGAAUGAACAAGGCAGACCUGACCUGGGGCCAUGGCGACCGAGCUUGCAUGGGCAAGAACAUUGCCAGAUGCGAAAUGUACAAGUUGAUGGCUACCUUGUAUUCCAUCUUUGACAUCAAACUAAUUGAUCCCACAAUGACUUGGAAGAUCAAGGAGACGGUACUGGCAAAGCAAUCUGGUGUGGAGGCAAAGAUUACGCUUAGACCUGGUGUUAAGGUAGAGGCGCUUGUAUAG